GGGAAAUACUGUUACUUGAGCCUGAGAUCAUUUCUUCACUUCAGAAAGAAAAAUUCCAUCAUAGAUCUGUAUUAUAAAACGAUGGUGCUUUAUUAAGUUUGAAUGGAGUGAUCAUGUGUUGCUCUUGCCACUAUCUCAUCAGCUUUCGUAAAAUUUGGAACCUAGAGAGGAUAGUGGAGAAUGAAGGUGUUAAAAUGAGAGAAGGUACAGAUUGGGAUUGACAUGUGUUCAGUUCCCUUUUUGUCUUUCUUGAAAGUCUAACAGGAUUCUCUUUCCUCCCAGACUCCCAAACAGGUGAGGAAGAUGAAAGUCAGAAUUCUAUGGAGCCACAUGUGAAUUUAUGGGGGGAAACAAAGAAAUUGAGGAUACAACAAAAAAGUCACAAAGGAGAGAAACUAAUUGAAUGUACGGAAUGUGGAAAGAGCUUCAGUCAAAAUGAUACACUUAGAAGACACCAAGGAACUCACACAGGGGAGAAACCAUUUAAAUGUAUUGAAUGUGGAAAGAGCUUCAGUCAAAGUGGAGCACUUAGAAGACACCAACAAACUCAUACAGGGGAGAAACUAUUUGAAUGUACGGCAUGUGGAAAGAGCUUCAGUCAAAGUGUAGCACUUAGAAUACACCAAAGAACUCACACAGGGGAGAAACCAUUUGAAUGUUUUGAGUGUGGAAAGAGCUUCAGUGAAAGUGGAGCACUUAGAAGACACCAACGAACUCAUACAGGGGAGAAACUAUUUGAAUGUACGGCAUGUGGAAAGAGCUUCAGUCAAAGUGGAUAUCUUAGAAUACACCAAAGAAUUCACACAGGGGAGAAACCAUUUGAAUGUUUUGAGUGUGGAAAGAGCUUCAGUGAAAGUGUAGCACUCAGAAGACACCAACAAACUCACACAGGGGAGAAACCAUUUGAAUGUUUUGAGUGUGGAAAGAGCUUCAGUGUUAGUGGAUCACUUAGAAUACACCAACGAACUCACACAGGGGAGAAACCAUUUAGAUGUAUUGAAUGUGGAAAGAGCUUCAGUGAUAGGGGAUCACUUAGAAUACACCAACGAAUUCAUACAGGGGAGAAACCAUUUAAAUGUGUUGAAUGUGGAAGGAGCUUCAGUCGAAAUGAUACACUUAGAAAACACCAACGAACUCAUACAGGGGAGAAACAAUUUAAAUGCAUUGAAUGUGGAAAGAGCUUCAGUCGAUAUGAACACCUUAAAAUACAUCAACGAACUCACACAGGUGAGAAACCAUUUAGAUGUCCUGAAUGUGGAAAGAGCUUCAGUGAAAGUGGAGCACUUAGAAGACACCAACAAACUCACACAGGGGAAAAACCAUUUGAAUGUUUUGAGUGUAGAAAGAGCUUCAGUGAAAGUGGAGACCUUAGAAUACACCAACGAACUCACACAGGGGAGAAACCAUUUAGAUGUAUUGAAUGUGGAAAGAGUUUUAGCAUAAGCGGAGCACUUAGAAUGCACCAACGAACUCAUACAGGGGAGAAACCAUUUAAAUGUGUUGAAUGUGGAAAGAGCUUCAGUCGAAAUGAUACACUUAGAAUGCACCAGCGAACUCAUACAGGGGAGAAACCAUUUAAAUGUGUUGAAUGUGGAAAGAGCUUCAGUGAUAGUGGAAAACUUAGAGUACACCAACGAAUUCACACGGGGGAGAAACCAUUUAAAUGUAUUGAAUGUGGAAAGAGCUUCAGUGAAAGUGGAGCACUUAGAAGACAUCAACGAACUCACACAGAGGAAAAAUCACAGAUACUUUAAUAAACCGUAUAGGUGUUCUUUACCUUUCCUUCUAUGCUUCCCUGCAAUACUGAUAAAAUCAAACCACGCCAAUGCUUUCAGCCCCAGAAGAGGAGCUCUCCUUGGUGUCAGGGGAGGGGUCCAAGAGAGCAUCUGAAGCCCUGCCAUUCCUUCUGUCCCUGGCCCCUUCCCCUCCUCUCUCUGCCACCCCAGGGCCACUCUUGACUCCACAGCAGGAGACUGGAUCUGUCUGUGAUGGUGAGAUGUCCUGGGUGGUUGAAGGACCACUUCCUGUUUCCUGGAGCUCCAUCCUGCCUUCUCAUGCAAGGUGGAGUCAUGAAGCAGGUGAAGGCUGAGCACACCUAAGGGUGGCGCGGGGGGUGGGUGGGAUUCUGCUUAACCUUUCCCUGUCUGCUCCUUCUCUGGAUCCAAAUCCCCACACAAAAAGGGGCAGUGUGAGGGCACAAUCAGUGUUAUGAAGCUGCACUGAAAAUCAUUGCUUUGUGAGCGUAAGAGGCCCUUCUCAAAAAAACAAGCAUCAAGAGAAUUUAAGCUACAGAAUUUGAAACAAACAGAUAAUUACAAAAAAAGAAAGCAGUCUGGUGCCACAUUGCGUAGGAGUUAGUUUAACACACUCUUCCUGGGGCUGCCUUUGAAAAGAGCUCAGAAACUUCAAUGGCUCAAAGAGCUGCAGACACAUUACUGACCAGGGCUGGCUAUAGGCAGCAUAGGACUCCCAUAUUAGAACAGCUCCGUCUGCCUAAUUGUCUGUUUCUGGACACAAUCAAUGUGUCCACAAGAAGAGGAAGAUAGAUUUGAGGAAGGCCAACCUGCAGAGGCACUACAAGUCGAAGCACAUCCAGUACCAGGAGUUCCAAGGGCAGCUGCACCAGGAGAAGGUCAAGGCGCUGAAAACGGACCUGUUGGGUAACCUGUGGCCCCUCCAGAUGAUGUGAAAUUGCAACUCACGUCUUCUUUAGCCAUUGGCCACGCUGGCUGGGGCUCAUGGGAGCUGGAGUCCAAGGAUCUAGGUCCACAAAUGCCAGGGACAUUUCAAAUCCCUCCUCAGUCGUGAAGCCGAUUGGGCAACUUAAAGCUGGUCACCAUCUUUAUGCGAAACCUCCCUCGCAGGGUUGCUGUGUGCGUGAAAGCAAUAUAUCUUGUGGUGGGCUUCAUGAGGGCAGUGUGGAACAGAAAUGUAAUUCAUAGGUAAGAAGACAGGAAAUAGUUCUGAAUCUGACUGAAAAUAAAGGAUUCUUUGUCUCCAGAUUGCAUAUAGCAAGCACCUGUGUUGUUGAACUCUAGCUGAAGUUUCAGCAUCUGGUUCCUCAGCACUCUGCACUCUCUCUCUGGAAACCUCCAGCUGUCAGGUGACAGGAACCAGCCAAUGCCUCCCAGUUCAGAAACAGUCUGCCAAGAGCUGAGAUUGGAAGUGGACAACCAAGGAAACUUAGGGUAGCAUUUUCAUUUCCAUGCUUAUGAAUAUUGAAUUGAAUCAAUUCAUCUGAUGUGUUCAAAAUAGUAGAGAAAAUUUAUGGUUGACACCACCUUGGGAUAGUUUUGACAGGAAUUUGGGGAACUAGGAAUAUUUUUAGUUCCAUCAGGGUUGAUGGAUCAGCAAAUAGCUAGAGAGGAUUAAGGGGUGGGGGCGGGAAUCAGGCCUUGUUUCUCAUGUGACAGAUCACCGAUUCCACAGUUCUUAAAUGUGACCAUUUGCGACACAAGAUCUACCCACCAGGGAAGAAUGGCAGAUGAAGGUGAUGGACUAUAUGGAACUGGCGGAAAUGACUGGCAGGAUCCGAGACCAGGGAGAAGAGUCGGUGGAAGAAGAUUGGAAGAAAUUUAUCAAUUUAAAGACUAUUUACAGAAACAUUGUAAAAUUAAUGAAUGUUAGAAAGAUAUUGGAAUGAACUUAUGUGGUUUUAGCAGAAAUGUUAUAAAGGAUUAGGAAAAAAUAGACUGUUAAUUGGUGAAACGAGGGAAAGUAAAGUUAUAUCAUAUUAAGAUAAAUUACAGGACAAAAAUUGUAAAAAGAUGGAAAGGAUUUGCUGAAAUAGUUAACCGAACUAGAAUACAAAAAAGGGAGGUGUGAGGAGGUCAAGAAAACAAGCUAACAAAUGAUAAGUUAUGGGAAGAUUCAAUGUUUUAUUUUUUUAAUGGACUUUUUUCUGUUUUUGUAUUUUCUUUUUUUUCUUUUCCUAUUAUGAUGUGUUGUUUUUGAUGUUGUUUAAUAUGAUGUUAUUAUUUUUUCUUUUUGUAACCUUUAAAAC